CGCGCGCGCUCGCGCGCCGAUUGAAAUGGUGCGUUUUGCUGCGGGCGCGUUUUGAGGGCGCUCGCGAGGGCGCUUUUCCAUGAUAGACGUCAUUUUGGUUUUAAUGGCCUACAGGAAAUUUUGGCGUUACAGUUCCGAGACAUGAGAGAGAGGGGGGAAAAGAGAAAGAGAGAGAGAGAGAGAGAGAGAGAGAGGAGGGAAAUCGCCGCAUGAACCCUAUUCAAGGAUAUAGCUUCAUAUUUAUUACAACAACAACAAAAAUCCUCUUUUCCUUUAUAAACACUUUAUCAACAAGUUCGUUUGUACUUAAGAGUAAGAAGUAAGGGGGAGACCGAGCAGUGUCCGCAUCUAAUUUGACUCAUUUUUGAGUUUUUUUCCUCUCUACAACCCAGCACCGCCUGAGGGGAAAUCUUACAUCAGAAGAAACUGCAAUGAUUAUACAUCUGUUUGUUUUUCCCCUCAACUCUUAAAGUCACCUUGAACGACGUGACACGAUUUGCACUGACUAUCUAUCUCUCUAUCUAUCUAUCUCUCUCUAUCCUAAAGCACAACUUCAGCUGAAUUCCUACUUGGACGAGGAAAAUGAACCCAAAACGCUAAUGGUUGUGAAUAGCCAGAAGAGGGAGAACAUCACGCUUUCGCCUUUAAAAGAAAAAAAAGAAGCUUUUUAGCUUGGCUUGAGCUAAUUGAAGCCAUAAUCCUCAUCCCCAAAGGCUACUGAGCAGCCCGGAGCGAGUCAUUUCUUCUCCUUCUUUUUCCCUUUUUUUCUUUCUUUCCCUGAGCUCUGCUGUUAUUUGUUAUUUAGCCUAGCAGACGUGUUAUUGGCUUUCUUCCUCGCCACAUAAGCGACCCGGACAUUUAUAUAGCCCUAUUAUUUAUCUCUAUUUUUCCUGUAUCUGAAAAUACAAACCCGCUGGACGACGGAACGAGAAAGUUACCAGGACGUACGAAGAUAUAAAGAAAGAGCGAGAAUUAAAACGGAGCUAAAAGCUAAGGAAGGAAGAAGCAUGUCGCGCUUGUCUCUGACCCGCUCGCCGGUCUCUCCCCUGGCAGCGCAGGGCAUCCCGCUGCCCGCCCAGCUCACCAAAGCCAACGCUCCGGUGCACAUCGACGUGGGGGGGCACAUGUACACGAGCAGCUUGGCCACGCUCACCAAGUACCCCGACUCCAGGAUCAGUCGUCUCUUUAACGGCACCGAGCCCAUCGUGCUGGACAGUCUGAAGCAGCACUAUUUCAUCGACAGGGACGGAGAGAUUUUCCGUUACAUCCUCAGCUUCCUCAGGACCUGCAAGCUGCUGCUGCCUGAAGACUUUAAGGACUUUAACCUGCUGUAUGAGGAGGCUCGGUACUACCAGCUCUCCCCCAUGCUGAAGGAGCUGGAGCGCUGGAAGCAGGAGCGUGAUCAGCGGCGCUCGGCUCAGCCCUGCGAGUGUCUGGUGGUGCGCGUGACCCCCGACCUCGGGGAGAGAAUUGCUCUCAGCGGGGAGAAGAUCCUCAUCGAGGAGAUCUUCCCCGAGACAGGAGACGUCAUGUGCAACUCGGUGAACGCUGGCUGGAACCAGGACCCCACCCACGUCAUCCGAUUCCCUCUCAACGGCUACUGCAGACUCAACUCCGUUCAGGUACUGGAGCGUCUGUUCCAGAAGGGCUUCAGCGUGGCGGCGUCAUGCGGGGGCGGAGUCGACUCCUCCCAGUUCAGCGAAUACGUGUUGUGUCGCGAGGACAGGCGGAGCCAAAACAUGAACACGCCCCUCAGGAUAAAACAGGAGCCGCUGGACUAGAGACUGAUCUGCCUUCAGAUCCUGAGACUCAACAACUCAGACGCACACGCACACACGCACACACACACACACACGCACACACACACACACACGCACUCACUCACACAGCCGUCCGUCUGUUACUUAAGCGGAAUGUAACAGACACAAAACACACAAAGUCACGCAAGAACAACCCAAAGAAAUAGAAACACAAAAUGGGCAGAACAGAAGCAUUUUACUUCGUUUCGCACUCUUGUGAUGAUUUAAUGGCACUCUGUCCGGCCGGCCAAUAAGAAGCUGGUUUCUCCCGUACGCUCCUCCUUCUGUCUGUGCAGCGCGAGUUGUUUUCACGCUGCAUGUGAACGAGUUGUAUUCAGGGAUGCCCGCUCUCUCCACCGCCUUCUCUAAACGCCGGCAAAGUGCCACAACGACACCACAGAGAACGAUAAGGUGCAGUGAACAGACUCAGUGCUCAGAGGACUGGCCAAAAUUAUUGUUUCAUGUUAUUGUUGUUUAUAAAAGAUGAAGGGAAAAGAAAAAAAAAAACAACAACAAACAACUUCUUAUUUGUCUGCCACCAUGAUGUAUACAGUCCCUAAUGCUCUGGGUUUUUUUUUUUUUUUUUUAAAUGUUCUUUGUUUACUUUGUUUCUUUUGUUAUAUGAAGGAUGAAUGCGAGUCGUGCUUACGCGGAGAGCGAGAGCGAGUCGCUGCUUCUCUGAAACACUCUCGUAGCCCGAGGCGGCACGGUUAACACACCGCGCACCGUAAUGCAUCCAGCGCCCGGAGAAGGCCGCUUUGUUUAAACAGAGCUGCAAGCAAACACGAGUCUUACUAAAGCUCUUCCUGCAGCAGGCCCAGGUAACAGAGAGCGUGUGUAUAACGCAAUCCUCACGACAUAUCGCCGAGCAUCGACAUCCGGCAUAAGCUACUGUGUUAAAGAACGCGACGGUGAAAUCGACAGACAUCCCAGAGUGGAACUCGUACGUUCGUGUCGACCUUUUCAUGAUCAUAGCCAAAUCCGAUCCGGUCAGGAUCGUCUCAAAGAGUCAAGCGUACACGCCCGAGUUCAUACACCUGCACUUAGACAAACGUGGGGCUCUGCUCUGAGGACGUGCCUGCUGACGAUGACGAGAACAAGAAGCCUUUCGGCGCUAGCAUAGCGUGCCGUGGAUCGUAGUUUACGCAGCCCCAAUGCAAGUAGAUCAUUAAUCAUCAAUGCAUUACCUUAUUGUUGUGGUUAUUACGGUGAAUUAAAUUCCUUUGUUUUAAGGUGGUGUGUGUGUGUGUGUGUGUGUGUGUGGUAGUCGAAUUCCUCACCGUAUCGCAUCAGCGUGUUAUCAGAUGCGUGACGACGGUGACGUACAUACGCCUCUCACGACCGGAUCCGAAUACACUCGGAGCACCGGUGAGACCCGACGGCGGGAUCAAUCUUCUUUUCUUUUCAUUCUGUAAUAAGGGUUCCGUCAUACGAGUAAAAUAUCCGCUCGGAAGAGAAAUUCCGGUCCGUGUGGCGUUACAGGAUCUAUAACCGGGACAAAACAAAACAACAAACGAUGCGUCUCAGUAACAUCCGGUCAAUCGGAACAAGGCGCGAACCGACCAUCGAUCAUUUUACCUGUCCAUUUCGAAAGCUCUCUGUCUGGAGUGCUGUGUUUGGAGGUGUGGCUUUGUCGGGGUUGUUGGAUUGUUUGUAGGGGUUAGCAUCAUUGCUAAGUGCUAACUGUAACUUUUUAAAUGAGGGAGGCGUAUAUGUUGGACAGCAUUUGCACUCUCUCUGAGAAUAAAGCCCGUCCUGUUUGGACUGACGGAAGGACGGCUUCAUUGAAUCGUUCUCUGUGACGGUGCGGGGGUACGAGUGUGUUAUCGUACCUGAUAUCGUCAGUGUGUUUGAUUUAAACAUACGCUAUAUGACCAAACGUUUUUGUGGACGUCCUUCCAUAGGUUUCGAUUUAGUCGCCCUUUACUGUUCUGAUAACCUCCAGUCUUCUGACAAGGCUUUCCACUAUGGAUUUGAUCCGUCCAGCAACAAGAAGUCAAGGCUCCGUGUAGAACGUUCGAGAUCUUCCACUCCAUCCUUGGCAAACCAUGGAGCUCUUUUCGUGCAUAAGGGUGUCGGAACACGUUUGAGCCCGUUCGUCCCGGUGAACAGAAGUGUACUGCUACAGCACAUAAAGACGUCCUGUACAAUCGUGUGCUUCUGACUGUUCGGGAAAGAACCGCGUACGGGUGUCCCGGCCAAGCGUCCACAACCUGCUAUCUCCUUAUAAGAUAACAUUACAUAAGCCUCCUACGGUAGCUAAACAUCACCUGCGUAGCUAGCUCGAGAGCUGUAAAGGUUCAGGAUGAGUCACGGCGACACCAUUAAAGCGUGAAACGGUUUCGCGGUGAGACUGACAGGUAAGCGGGCCGUAAACACGUAGAACAUGUUCGCCAUUUACUCCCAUAUGAAGAUUACAUUUCAGCACACAAAUACGGCUGCUUUGCCAAUCAGUGCCGACAUCAAAGAUGGACGAAAGCACAAAACAAACAAGCGAGUUUAAGGUCAGAACCCCCAGAGUGUGACCCACCCCCCACCCCCCACCCCCAGCAUCGCCACAUCAAACCCCGCCGCUUCGUCCCGUCUCUCUGUGUCUUACACACAGACUCUCACCCAGAACACUGCUUGAUCCUCUGUUCCGAUCCGCCUGGAUAUUUUUAAAGAGAAAUGAUCUCAGUGGUGUGUGUGUGUGUGUGUGUGUGUGUGAGAGAGAUCGUCUCAGACUUAAAUCUGAAAAAUGCUCAUUAAGAAGGUUGAUUAGUUUAAUUAAGUCCAGAUCUGUUGGCUUUGGUGCUGCAUUUGCUGAUUAAAUGCCAGCUGAUAGAAGGAGAGUGUGUGUGAGAGUGUGUGUGAGAGUGUGUGUGUGUGUGUUGGAUCUGAUAGCCUGGAGCAGAGUGCUGCCCCCCCAUAGGGAGGCCUAAUCAAGCCAGGCUUUGUUCUGAUCCAGCGUUGACUCAGUCUUCUCAUCCCAUCCAUCACACAGAAUGGUCAACCACUCCUUUCAUGUGCGAAGGGCUGUGUGUGUGUGUGUGUGUGUGUGUGUGUGUGUGUGUGUGUGUGUGUGUGUGUGUGUGUGUGUGUCACUCAGAAGCUCUGAGAGCAGCAGUGCCAGUAGACAUGUUACACCCCCCACUGUGACACACCACCAUAACCCACCUACAGGACCCCUGGAGUUCGUUCACACACACACACACACACACACACACCAGAGAGCGCAGUAUAAAACUACACUACAAUCCUGUGAUGUCUUUUGUCAAGUUCGGCAGAAUGUGUGUUCAUAAGCUGUAACAAAAUUGAGUGUAAGUUCCUGUUCCUGCUCUCCCAGAAGCAUCCGGAACGUUUCGGCAGCCGGACCUGCACCGAACUGCCGAGCUGUUAGCUACCCCAGUCUCUUCACUAACAAUCAUAAGGAAAUAAUCCGACCAUCGACAUUCAGUUAUUCAGCAUAAGAUAACAAUAAUAAGAUUAAUAAUGAUAUUUACGCGGCUUGUCGUCUGAAACACGAAACAAACGCAACCCCGUAAAGUCCCGCGUUAUUAUUUACUCGCUCACCUUAAAGAAUAUGAAUUAUUGAGUAACUACGCUGAAAGUACAAGAGGUACGUAGUAACGACGGUGAGGAAUGUAAGGCCAGACCUGCCGACCGCUCCUGACUCUCUAAUGGGAUGAAAACCAGACUGGCUUACUUUGUAAUCAGUGCGGAAUCCCAGAAAAGUGCUGAGGCUGAAAGAAAUAUUUGAACCGUUUCCAAAUGAUUGACUAUUGAAGCCCUGUCUGAGGUUUUUAUGGCGACAUUUUGUCCUGCGAUGCUUUCGGAGAAUUCGGGAACAGCUCUCGGAUGACACGGUCUCUGUUAAACCUUGACGUUGAUGUACCUUUUAAAAAAAAAAAAAAAAAAAAAGCGUUUUUUUAAUAAUUAAAGGUUAAGAAUGGGGGACAGUGUCUUAUUAAACUAGGGGAUCAGCGGAUAGAACGUUUGUCUCGCACCUCCAGGGUUGAGGGUUCGAAGCUUGCAGUCCACGCUGUGUGUGAUCGUGCCCUGCGAUGAUUCGGGACCCCGUCGGCGGUGCACCCCACCUUGCGGCCCGAGUCCCCUGGGAUAGGCUUCACACUCCACUACAGCCAUGUGUAGGAUAAGCGGUAUGGAAGAUGGAUGGAUGGAUGGAUGGAGCAUGAGGGUUAAAUCUGUACUCAUGCUGUGUUACAGCAAUGAGGAAUGAUGUGGAUCCACAGCGAUAUAAAGACUUUCAGCUAGUAGGGCUGGCGAUAUGACGGAAAUAUCGAUAUCGUGAUAUUUCUGCAAACCGGAAGUGUAAUAUAAUUACAGAAUAGCUCGACGGUAAAGGCGGGAAAAAAUCUCCACGGAAUUGAGCAGUCAAACACCCGGUAUAAACUUGACCAGGGAAUGAAUAACGGAAUCCGAGCGUGUAUCACAAUGUUGACAUAAAUUGAUCGAUUAAAUUAAAACACACAAAUAAGACGAGUCUGAUUCUGUUUUUUGUUUUGUUUUUUGUUUUUUUCACACGUGUGUAAAUUGUCGGAAUAACGUUACGCUUCCCGACACGCAGCUCUACGGCUUAACGUCUCGACGUGUUCGGGAAUUCCCGAGACGUUUAAGGAAAACCGCCGACGUGUCCUGGUAUCUCGUCUUUCGUGCUUCGAAACAUCUCCGGAUUCGGCGGGGUUAAUCAGAUCCUCCGAGAAACCCAGCAGGUGUAUACCGGGUUCAGUCUGGUGGCUUCGGUGAUGUAGUCACUCGUAUAUGGGAACUCGUUUCUGAAGCGUUCUCUCCUACGCACGGCCUGUAAAGGUGAAACAGCGAUCCCGAGAGAGUCCCGAUCAAAGAACGACGGAAAAAUAUAUACACAUUUCUGAGCAAUAUGUUCUGUACGUACGGAUUUGAAAAGAGAAGACGGAAGGGGGGAAAAAAAUAAAAAAAUAAACCUCCAUUUCCAAAUGUAAACCAAGGUGAAAUUUUGUUAUUAUUUAAUGUUUUAAUAAUUAGACUGUGAUAUUGAAAGGGCAUAUGUUUAACAGUGUCUCCACAUAUUUUUAUUGAUUUUAAUUUGCUUGCCUAUUUGCUAAUAAAGUAUAGAUGUACUGUUUAA